UACAAUUCCCAGAAGGCUUCAGUGUGGGAUGCAGUCUUGGUCCAAGUACUGCAAUUCGGUGGUCUGAGUCUCUGCAUUCAUGGAGUCCCCUAGCAAGGCAGUAAUUGUUCCCGGGAACGGAGGCGGGGACGUGGCCACCCACGGCUGGUACGGUUGGGUGAGAAAAAGACUGGAGCAGGGAGGUGGAGGAGACCUGUGCCACAGUAUGCAUUUGGAGAUAGACAUCAGGUAUGCAGAGACCCACCAAGUAUAUGCUAUUGUAUUAGUGUCUGCAUACACAUCAGACUUGGGAGAUGACAAUGAGCGUGCAAGUGGGUACUUCAGCCGGCCCUGGCAGUGGGAGAAGAUCAAGGCCAACUGCCCUCACAUCGUGCAGUUUGGCUCUACUGAUGACCCUUUCCUUCCCUGGAAGGAACAACAAGAAGUGGCCGACAGGUUGGAAGCCAAAUUGUACAAAUUUGCUGACCGUGGUCACUUUCAGAACACAGAGUUUCAUGAACUGAUUAGUGUGGUAAAGUCUAUGCUGAAAGUAGCAGAAUAGUCAGGAUGACUGCUGCUUUACGUGCCAGGGUGGGGUGAAUAAUAGCAUCUGUUAUCAGUUUCUAGACAUGAAAUGUCCAGGCAUGCUCCAAAGUGCCUGAAAAGCAGACUAGUUUCAGCAUUCAUACUGUCACUAGCAACAUUGUCAUUUUCUACAGAACCUAAAUCUUCCUCAAAUGCUAUGAACUUUAGCAAUAUUUUUCCCAUUCAGUAAGGGACAUAGGGCAGUUUAGUCAUCCCAUUGACCUAAGACAGUAAGUCAGAAGUGGAAUCUGGAGCCAGGUAAGGUGACAGGUGUCUGCAAUCCCAGCACUUAGGAAGUGGAAGCAAGAGAAUCAGAAUUCAAAGACCCCAAACAAACAAAACUAAGUUUUCAUGCAAACUGUAUGAGUGACACUCCUUCCCCUUUGAAAUAAAACUUACUGAGAGAAGAAAAUGUGGCUAAAGGUCCAGUGUUGGCAUGAUAUUCAGGACACUGCUGAUUCCAGCUGGCUCAAGAUAAACUGAUGCCCCUGACCUCCCUCCCCUCAGGUCCUUCAGACAGGUUGUGAGAGACCAACAUAUAAGGACACCAAAUCUGAGUCAUGGGUGUCUUGGGGUCAGGCAGAGAAUAGAUGGAAGCAUAGCCUACCACCUGGGCCAACCCUGACAGGACAAAGCUGCCAGAACUAGAGCCCUAUGGAAAGCUCAUGCCCUGUCAGAGUACAGCUGUGUAGAAAUACGACAUGGCUUUUUAAUAUGGAGAAUAUAGAUGUAUAUACAGUCCAUAUGUAUAUGAAUUAUGUCUGAUUUAUAUCUCCAUGGAUUAUAGGAGCUUUGGAAACAAUACUGUAGAUCAAAAACUGCAAAUACAAGACUAAGACCAAGUCAUCCAUUUGUGAGCAUGGCCAUAAACAUUAGCUUAGCCAAAGUCCAAGAAAAGCCCAAGAUCACCAAUAUGAACUUAUAUAAUGUUAAAGGGUGGAAAACAUGGGAGCAAUCUGAAUUUUGUUACAAAGUUUUAAGUAUUGUUAAAAAGAAACUUUACCAUUGUACAAGGUUUGCUCUGUAGAGUUCAACCUCUUAACCUCUAAAGAUCUCUUUCAAGCAUCAUUCCAAGAUUUUUCUUACAUAUUCUCUCAAAAAGUAACACUUUUUUAAAAAUGAAUUUUUAUAUUAGCAUAUGUUAGAUGUAGAAAAUGGCUUCAUGACAUUUUCAUUCAUGUUUAAGAUGUACUUUGAUCAUAUUUUUAAAAUAAAACUUUCCCAACAUUC